UCCGGCGCGGGAGCAGGAUGUGGCCUCGGUGCGGGGCGCUCCGGGCCCUGGCCUUGGCGCAGCCUCGGGGAAUCCGGCCCUGCAGCGGGGGCGUCUCCUACACGCAGGGCCAGAGCCCCGAGCCCCGGACGCGCGAGUACUUCUACUACGUGGACCACCAGGGCCAGCUUUUCCUGGAUGAUUCCAAAAUGAAGAACUUCAUCACCUGUUACAAAGACCCGCAGUUUCUGGUCGCUUUCUUUUCCCGCCUGAGACCCAACCGCAGCGGGCGGUACGAAGCCGCCUUCCCCUUCCUCUCGCUCUGCGGCAGAGAGCGCAACUUCCUGCGCUGCGAGGACCUGCCCGUGGUCUUCACACACCUGCUGGCCGAGGGCACCGGGCCCCCCCGCCUCUCCUACUGCGGCGGCGGCGAGGCCCUGGCCGUGCCCUUCGAGCCUGCGCGCCUACUGCCCCUGGCCGCCAACGGGCGUCUCUACCACCCGGCACCGGAGCGCGCGGGCGGCGUGGGCCUGGUGCGCUCGGCCCUGGCCUUCGAGCUCAGCGCCUGCUUCGAGUACAGGCCCGGCGCGCCCGCGCUGCCCUCGCACGUACGCUGGCGGGGCCGUCGCCUCGCCCUCACCAUGGACCUGGCUCGGCUGCUGCCCGCUUCCCCGCGGGUCUGAGCGCACGCGCCGUCCGAGAGCGCGGCGGGCCGAGCGCGCGUGCGCGGCGGGGU